UCAAUAUUCUUCCGCGUCAUCUCAGGCUCCGUCUUUGAUCGGAGACGAAGAGAAUGGCUCCGAAGAAGAAACCUCAGAAGCAAAGCAACAAAGCCGCUGCUUCUUCAUCGUCGAAAUCGAACCAUCAGAAACCAUCUUCAGGUCCUAAGCUUCAGAUUUCGGCGGAGAACGAGGACCGUUUGCGACGGCUCUUGCUCAACUCUGGCCGCACCGGUCCUCCUGCUCCGGCACCUCUCCAUAGCGCGCUUUCCAAAAAUCAGAAGGCGAAGAAACUCAAUAAUGUCUACGAGAAGCUCUCUUGCGAAGGAUUCGUAGAUGAUCAGAUUGAGCUCGCACUCUAUUCUCUUAGAGAUGGAGCGACGUUUGAGGCUGCACUUGAUUGGCUCUGCUUGAACUUGCCGAGCCAUGAGCUCCCAGUGAAGUUUUCUACUGGAGCUUCCCGGUUUCCUACAGGUGGUGGUUCUGUAGGUGUGAUUUUGACCUCACGGGAAGAUUGGAAUGAGUUUUCGGAUUCUUUAGUCCAGUACAAGCAGGAGGAACCUGAAGUUUUUGUUCAAGUGAAGGGCAAGCAAGAUGAAGAUACUCUUAGUUCUGGCCAAUCAUCUCAAGCUGAUUGGAUCCGUGAGUAUAUGAGAAGACAGGAAGAGGAGGAAUUGGAUUCUUGGGAAGAUGAGGUAGAUGGUGUUGGCUCCAGCAAGGAGGUAUCUGGUCCGAGGCCUUUCGAUGUGGUUGCCAAAGAAUAUUAUUCGGCAAGAUCAGAUGCUAUAAAAGCAAAGGAGAAGCGUGAUAAAAAAGGACAGGAGCAAGCAGGCCUAGCCAUUCGCAAGCUCAAGCAAGAGAUAUCUGCUCUUGGAAUAUCUGAAGCAACGUUGGAAUCUGAAUUUCAGCGUGAACAUGCUUUUGAAAAUGCGACAGAAGAGGAAUUAACCUAUCCCAUGCCCGAUAGUGUUCAUGAGGCAGUAAGUGCUAAUGCUGUCUCUGUUGAGCCGUUAGAUGAGCCGGACUUCGGUGCAAAUCCUGUUGAGAGCUGUGGAUCUGAGGAAAAUAAACCUAAAGCUCUUCCCACAUGUACCAUGGGACAAGAAUUAGUUGCAUCGGAUGAUAAUUCAGAGGACUUGGAGCUUGACGGUAUUUUCUUAGAGGAUGUCCCUCCUUCUGAAGCUUCGCCCCAUGAACUCCUGGAAUUGCAGAAGAAUGAAAUGAUGAGAGAACUACGCAGUGAGAAAAAUCUUGGGAAACUAGAGGGCAUCUGGAAGAAGGGUGAGGCGCAAAAGACCCCAAAGGCAUUUCUCCAUCAAUUGUGUCAAAGGUCAGGGUGGGGAGCACCAAAGUUCAAUAAAAUAACCGCUGAAGGAAGGAAUUUCUCAUAUACUGUUAGCAUUCUGCGUAAAGCCAGUGGACGGGGUAAAAGCAGACAAGCCGGGGGUCUGGUAACUCUUCAACUUCCUCAUCAGGAUGAGGACUCUGAAUCUAUCGAGGAUGCACAAAACAGAGUUGCAGCAUUUUCCCUUCAUAAGAUUUUUUCUGAUUUACCUGUUCACUUUGCAAUCACGGAGCCUUACGCCUCUCUAGUUUUGAGCUGGAAACAAGAAGAAUUGUUGUCUACCGUACAAAGCACAGAAGAAGAUCGCAGAGCUAACUUUGUUGAUAGGUUGCUUGAGGCGGACAAUUUCAGUUUGAACGUUUCGUCGAGCAUCGACGAUGCAAUUCCAAUGGUAAACACCUAUCUCGAAGAGAAAGAUGACCAGGGCGCUGUCAAAUCUAACCACAGAGCUAAACGAAACUCCUCCAUAGAAGCUGAAUGUAUAUCCCUCCAACAAAAACAUGAAAACAAAAAGAAAAUGCUGAAGUACAAGGACAUGUUAAAAAAUCGAACUGCUCUUCCUAUAACAGAAGUGAAGAAUGACAUACUGCAGUAUCUGAAAGAAAAAGAUGUCUUAGUAGUAUGCGGAGAAACAGGCUCUGGAAAGACUACACAGGUUCCUCAAUUUAUAUUGGAUGAUAUGAUCGAUUCGGGGCAUGGUGGAUACUGUUAUAUCAUAUGCACACAACCUCGGCGGAUAGCUGCUAUCUCUGUUGCUCAAAGAGUUGCUGAUGAGCGUUGUGAAUCCUCUCCAGGCUUAGAUGAUUCCUUGGUUGGUUAUCAAGUUCGUCUUGAGAGUGCAAGGAGUGACAAGACAAGGCUGCUGUUUUGUACUACUGGCAUUCUACUGAGAAAACUCGCUGGGGAUAAAACCUUGGACGAUGUUACACAUAUUAUUGUCGAUGAAGUGCACGAGCGGUCUCUUUUGGGUGAUUUUCUUCUCAUUAUUUUGAAGAGCCUGAUUGAGAAGCAAUCAGGCGAUAACACAUCACGUAGACUGAAAGUUAUCCUUAUGUCCGCUACUGUUGACGCAGAUCUAUUCUCAAAAUAUUUUGCUCAUUGUCCUGUGAUUACUGCUGAAGGACGAACACACCCAGUUACUACUCACUUUCUGGAGGAGAUUUAUGAGAGGACUAGGUACCUUCUAGCUCCAGAUUCUCCCGCUGCACUAAGAUCUGAUUCAUCCAUUAGAGACAAGCUUGGUUCUGUAAACGACCGUAGGGGACAGAAGAAUCUUGUAUUGGCUGGCUGGGGUGAUGAUUAUUUGCUUUCAGAGGACUGUCUUAACCCGUUUUAUGUUUCCAGCAAUUACACCUCAUAUAGUGAUCAAACACAACAAAAUCUGAAAAGAUUAAAUGAGGAUGCUAUAGACUACGAGCUCCUUGAAGAGUUGAUAUGCCACAUUGAUGAUACUUGCAAGGAAGGAGCCAUUCUUGUAUUUUUGCCAGGAGUGUCAGAAAUUCACAUGCUACUCGAUAGGUUAGCUGCUUCGUAUCGUUUUCGUGGACCUGCUGCAGAUUGGCUUCUUCCUCUACAUUCUUCUAUUGCAUCUACAGAACAGAAAAAGGUGUUUCUGCGCCCCCCUGAAGACCUACGGAAGGUUAUCGUAGCUACAAAUAUUGCAGAGACCAGUAUAACAAUUGAUGACGUGGUGUACGUGAUUGAUAGUGGCAAACACAAGGAAAAUCGCUAUAAUCCACAGAAGAAACUGUCAAGCAUGGUGGAAGAUUGGAUAUCUCAAGCAAAUGCAAGACAAAGAACAGGAAGAGCUGGACGAGUCAAACCUGGAAUUUGCUUUUCAUUGUACACACGACAUAGGUUCGAGAAGCUAAUGCGUCCCUAUCAGGUUCCUGAGAUGUUGCGGAUGCCAUUAGUAGAAUUAUGUCUACAAAUCAAAUUGCUUGGCUUGGGUCACAUUAAGCCUUUUCUGUCGAAGGCUUUAGAACCUCCGAGUGAAGGUGCUAUAACCUCUGCAAUAUCAUUGUUACACGAGGUCGGUGCUGUUGAAGGGGACGAAGAGUUGACACCACUUGGGCAUCAUUUAGCAAAACUUCCGGUUGAUGUGUUGAUUGGAAAGAUGCUGUUAUAUGGUGGUAUUUUUGGUUGCUUAUCACCUAUUCUCUCGAUUGCUGCUUUCUUAAGCUAUAAAACGCCGUUUGUAUAUCCAAAAGAUGAGAAGCAAAAUGUUGACCGGGUGAAACUUGCUCUUUUGUCUGACAAACUGGAGAAAUCAAGUGAUUUAAACAACAAUGACAAACAAUCUGAUCAUCUCCUUAUGAUGGUUGCAUACGAAAAAUGGGUGAAGAUACUGCAAGAGAGAGGAAUGAAAGCCGCACAGAGGUUCUGUGAAUCAAAGUUCUUAAGCAGCUCAGUGAUGCGGAUGAUAAGAGACAUGAGAGUACAGUUUGGUACAUUACUUGCCGACAUCGGGCUCAUCAAUAUUCCUAAAACAGGAGAGUUUUCGGGGAGAAAAAAAGAGAAUCUUGAUGUCUGGUUUUCUGACCAAACUCAACCUUUCAAUAUGUAUUCACAACAACCUGAAGUCGUUAAGGCUAUACUAUGCGCGGGGCUAUAUCCUAAUAUUGCAGCCAAUGAUAAGGGAAUUACAGAGGCAGCGGUUAACAGUUUAACAAAGCAAGGAAACCAAACAAAGAGUUAUUCAGCGUGGUACGAUGGCAGAAGGGAAGUCCAUAUCCAUCCGUCUUCUAUAAACAGCAACUUCAAAGCCUUUCAAUACCCUUUCCUUGUAUUUCUUGAGAAGGUUGAAACGCACAAAGUAUAUCUGCGUGAUACAACCGUUGUUUCUCCUUUCUCCAUUCUACUUUUUGGCGGCUCGAUCAAUGUUCAUCAUCAGAGUGGAACAGUCACCAUUGAUGGGUGGUUGAAGCUAGCAGCACCGGCACAAACUGCGGUUUUGUUCAAAGAGCUUCGGUUAACCCUUCAUUCUAUUUUCAAAGAUCUUAUCCGGAAACCCCAGAAAUCAGGUAUAGUCCACAACGAAGUCGUCAAAUCUAUGGUCCAUCUUCUUAUAGAAGAAGGCAAACCUCAACACACAUGAACUACAAACCAAGAUUUUUAAGGUAAAACAUGUGCAAGACGCAGUGUUGUGAUACUACUAACACUCCCUAUAGCUAAUAAAAUCUAAAUUAUUUGGGAAGUUUAGAUCUUUAUUUCCGGGGAAAUGGUAACAGGCUCAUCAUACAUAAUUAAAUGGGUCAUGUCCCUUUUCGGCUUACCAAUGUCAACACAAAAUCUUGCAGUGAGGUCACUAUCCGCUUACAACAUGCUUAGAGCAUCAACAUUGUCACAUCUCAUCAAUGUAUAUGUCACUCACACUUAACACCCGGAUCCUGGGUUUCAAAAGGAAUUAGACUAAACUACC